AUGUUAAAUUCAUGGCUUUUGCGUUCCAUUGAUCCCAAACUUGCGGCUACUAUUCCCUAUUUCGAGGAGGCAAAGAGACUAUGGGACUACUUAGAAAAGCAAUUCUCUGAAGUCAAUGGUCUGGGAAUUCAACAACUACGAGUUGUUAUAACCUCUUGCAAGCAAUCGGCCUCUAUGUCGAUUGAGGACUACUACACUACUUUGAUGGGUCUCUAUGAUGAUCUUCUUCUUCUUAAGCCUCUACGUUGUUGUGAGUGCGGGAAGUGCACUUGUGAUGUUGCUGCUAAGUGUGAAUUAGACAGAGAGGAGGAGAUACUGCACCAGCUUUUAAUUGGAAUUGAUGAUAAGAAGUAUGCGGUUGUGUGUACUUAUCUUCUAUCUCAACAGCCUCCACCGACUCUUGAUCGUGCGUUUCAAGCGUUCCUUCAAGAAGAACGCUCGCGUGGAAUUGCUCAGGUUCAAGCCGAGAAGAUUGAUGCUCAUGUGUUUGCUCUUCCCUCUGAUCGAAGGCUCUCACAAUCGGCUACUCGUGUUGAUAAGUCCAAGCUUUAUUGCUUUCAUUGA